CUAUGAUCUAAGGAAUAACUGAAUACGACCUGUCAGCUAUAAGUUGUUGACUCCUAUCACCGUACCACAAAUGUAACGUCGGAUUGAUGAAUGUUUAAUUUUAACAAGUAUUUAUCGUAAUUGAAUAUUAAUGAAAUGGAGCAAAGAAAGCCAAGGAUUCGAAAAGGGGGUUACAAGCCGUCUAGGCAGAAAGAUGAGGUCUCUAAAAUCUCAGAAACAGGAAAAGAUUCAGGCAGUAAACCCGACCAAACUCCAGUUAUUAAAAAAUUAAAUCCAGAAGAUUACGAUUACACGAAUUCUGACAAAACGCAAUUUGCCCAUUUGAAACGAGAAACGCAGGAGGCUGAUAUAUUGAACAAUGCCCCUACAACAAAUUCUCGUACUCGUCGUAAAGUUGUAUCGAAUUGGAAAAAAUAUGAGGAAAUACCAGAUACAGAAAUUCCAGCAAAAGAUUUUCAAACACUGUUGAAUGUUCCAAUAUCUGAAGGCGGACAUUUCAUUUUUAAGUCUGAAAAAAAUUGGGCAAUCGAAGUCUCCAAGUAUUCCGAUUUAUUUUCAUUAAAUGUUAAAAAACUUGCCAGAGAUAUAAACUGCGUUCCAUUCACUGAAUAUAUUGAUGUAGAAGAUAGAUAUUUCACGGCUGAUCAGCUAAUGAAGUUUCAGAAUCUUGCUGAAAUGUCCAGAUCAGAUGUUAUUGAGGUUGAUAACAACAUUGUCCAAAUUUUGAUGGAUAUUAAAAGAGAAACUGUUGCUGAAAAUCAAGAUAUAGACAGUGGAAGUGAACCUGAAGUAUCAAUUGAAAUUCAUGAGAUGGCUCAAGGAAAGGAAACAAUAGAGGAAGAUUUAGAUUUUCUUCUUUCAUUAAAGGAACCUGUUAAACUUGAUCAGGCUAAAAUUGCUCCACCUACUUACCAAAUUAAAACUGAAGAGGAAAAAAUCCCGAACUCUUCGGCUCCUGUGAAAUCGAUUGAUCUUGAAAAAUGGCUGGAUUCAAUUUUGGACAGUUAGAGCCUGUAAUAGAGAAUAAAAUGAAAACAAAAUGA